UGCCUACUAGCUAGCUAGCACAGUCGUACGAGGUGGUACAGCACACAAACUGAAUUAUUUGAACACAAAGAAGCAACGGCUUUUCGAGAUUUCGAGAUUUCUAGCAAACGAAGAAACACUCGACCAUGAGCUUUCUAGCUAUGAAUAGAGCGCAUCAGCAUCAGCAUCCCUCCAUGACGGCUAAUACUAACGGUAUGCAUACAAUGUCAUGUAAUAGCAUUCCGGUGUUUGUGGUGCUUCAGUCCAACGGCGAAGACGACGUGGAUUCCGUGAUUUCGUUUGGAACCGGGACUUCCUCGUUCGAGGAUUUCGGAGAUUCCGAAUCCCGCUGGGCGCUCGAGUCGGUCGCUGCGCAUUGUCGCCAGCAUCAUCAUACUACUCUUACUAGUACAUGUACACCUACUUCUGUCAAAAGACCUAUGAGAGCGUCUACUAGCAGUCGCCAUGGCCAUGGCAACACCCUCACUAACAGCACCAACAAAGGACCUCAUUUUCCGCAAAGAUCGCUCAGUCUCUCCGGAAACUCCAGUCCCAGUCCCACCAGUCCUAUUGUGCGCAAGCCCCUCGCAAGACAGACACGACUCACACGCAUGGCCGAGCGAGCCAAGGCAGUCGCACGCACGCCCAUCUCACGAAAGCUCAGUUUCCACCACCGACAUUCACUCCCAGCCAUUCCGCUGCGUCGCAAGAGUUCCAACAGUCGUAGUCGAGGAGGAUGCUCUUGUUGCAGUGGAAGUCUUACUGCUAGCAGUGAUCAUUCCUCCUCCAACAAGAAUAAGAAACUGGUCAGUCGCUGUGGACGUCUCAGCAACAGCUGUCGAAUCCCAAUUAGAAGAAACAACAGCAAUCGAAUCCCCACAAGACGAAACAGCGUUCAGUGCGUCACCACCACGCUCCUCCGCAAUAGCACCACUGCCAUUGUCUUGACCACGACGACGACGACGACGACACAAGAAAACCCUACGGCGUCGCGCAAUAAAACUCGAAGAGCCACCACGGGAUGCUUCCAAAUUGCCAACACACCUCCACGACUCCCACAACGAUACCCCAGCGAAGUCUUACUCACCACUUCUCCGUCAUCCAGUGCUUCCGUGGAACAACAGUAACUUUCAAGCAUGCAAAACAGACAGAAACUAACACUUCUUUGUACGUACUGUACUGUACGAGACUGACUCGACUCUCUGGCUACUGAUUACAUACUAGCUACUGACAAUACCAGCUGGAGAUCAUUCAAAACAACGCAGCGAGAUGGGGCACCCUUCGAAUACAUGCAUUACAUGUCAUGUACCUGACUGCAUUGGCCAAGUCAUGUACACAUAUCAUGUCUCUCAUCCGCUGCGCAUUACACGUUAAAUUUUAAAAAACAUGAACAGUAUUAGCAAUGAAUACAUUUGCUCUGAAACGCUGUGAUAUAGAAUCUAGCUACAGUAGCUAUAGUA